AUGAAUACUCUGGACAAACAAUUAGCAGAUUUACGAAUAUACGCAAACGAGCUUGAUGCAAAGCUUCAAGAUGACAUAAAUCACGCAAAACAGAAACCUUCCCUACCGCCGAAAAGAAAUAAGGCGCCGCUGCCUCAAAUACCCCAGAGCUAUACUGUAAAAUCGGCUUGCGAGCCCUCCUACUCCUCGAGACUUGAAUAUGGCAGUCAGCGAAGUUCUACAUACUCAAACUUAGUACCCGUGAAGAGUUUUAUAGUUAGGAACAACACUGGGCGGAUGCGGAGCGGUGAUGUACUUCUAUACAGCAAUCUCUUACCUCCGGGAGGCACCAACCAUGUGUAUUCAAACGUUAUGAUGCAACGUGCUUACGGCGGAGACAGCAUUUACGAUAGGGGCUCUGAAGUGUCCAGGAUAAGUGAUUUGGGUGCUCAGUCUAAUUACAGUGAAUUAAGACGACCGGGAUCCGCGUAUCCGCCGUCUUCUGCUUCCGUCAAUGCACAGGAUUUCUCUACUUAUGGUGGCUCUCAAACUUCGUCCACAUAUGAAUCUUUAUAUGAACCUAUAAACCCAAGACCUUGCAGCCAACUAUCAGGCACCUCGAUGUAUGCUGGCUAUGUAGCAACUGCUGAGCCGACUCCAGAACCAGACGAUGCUCUGUACUGUGGGAAUUGUUACAAGUGUGGUGAGAAAAUCAUGGGAGAAACCACUGGAUGUACCGCAAUGGAGAGAAUCUACCAUAUCAAGUGUUUCUGUUGUCAACAGUGUUCGAUAAAUUUACAGGGCCGACCUUUCUAUGCUGUUCAAGGACGAGCUCUUUGUGAACGAGACUACUUGGAAACCCUUGAGAAGUGCUGUGUAUGUGGAGAUCCAAUCCUAGACCGCAUCUUGCGAGCUACAGGCAAACCCUACCAUCCUCGCUGUUUUACUUGUGUGGUGUGUCAAAAAAGUUUAGAUGGAAUCCCAUUUACCGUGGAUGCUGUGAACCGUAUCCAUUGCAUUGAAGACUUUCAUAAAAGAUAUGCUCCCCGGUGUGCGAGGUGUCGUGAGCCCAUAGUACCUGAAGGUGGAACUGAAGAGACAGUACGUAUCGUCGCUCUAGACAAGAGCUUCCAUGUAGCAUGUUAUUCCUGUGAAGAUUGCGGGGCGUCAUUGUGCUCGCGACAGGAAGGUCGUGGAUGCUAUCCGCUUGACAACCAUUUGUAUUGCAAAGAAUGUAAUGCAAGAAGGAUUCAAGAUCUAUCUAGAAAUAUUAGUUAAGUUUCUGUUUCUCGUUGCAUAAUAAAAUCGCAAUAUACUUUUUGUUUGACAUAUUUUCUAUCACCAAACUAAAUUAUGAUUAAUUUUUUUGCUAUUUGUAAAAAUAAAUUCUUGCAAACUAGAUUCCUAAAGAGCCAUAUCUAGUAGGCCUUUUAAAAAUGGAUGGAAUAUUUGCAGGUUAUUAGUAUUAUUAUAGUAAUUGAAUUAUUUAACAACUCAACAAUUAUAACUAUUCUUAAAAAUUUGUGAAGUUAUCAACCCAACUGCAUGGUGCCCCAUCAUCAUCAUUAUUCCUUCCUAUUACCCUCUGCUGGGGUGUAGGGCUCGAAUCAAAUUUUUCCAUUUACAUCGGUCUUGGGCAGUCUGUUCUAUAGGUGGAUAUAUUGUAACUUCUUCUGAGUAUUAGAUGUCCUGGCCCAAAACCAGCAUAAACUAAACUAUGUUUCAGGAAUCAACUUUAUUUACCUGCUUGAGGCAAUAUGCUCUCUGAAGAUUGAGUAUAUUUUGCUGCCUAAGGCGUAGUAGUCACAUAGUAUGUGCAGAGGUGUUUCAUUCUCUUCACAAUACCUGUAGAUUAGAUUAGCAGCAAAGCCAGUAGGUCCAAUUGAACAUUCACAAAAUAAAUUUAAAAAAAUCAUUGUGAUUUAAUAUUUCUUACUCAUAAAAUUAAAUAAAACAUGAAUAAAUAUUAUCCAAAUCUUGAUCAUGGAAUAAAUUAUGUGUUACAAUAAGUACGAAACAUUCGUUUUUCAAGCAGGCAAAAAGAAGUAUAACUUUGUUGCUUAAAAAAAUUUGUAACUUUGUUGUGUAAAAAAUGAUUUUGAAAUGUAAAUUUAAUAUAAUGUAUAAUUUUGUGACAAAUCGUUGUAGUAGUAGUAGAUGUAAUUGUAGAUGGGCUUAUGGUAUUAAGAAAUUUGCAUGUAAUAAUUAACUAUUAUAGAGAUUAAUCUCUAUUUUGUUCCCUCUUUUAAAAUUUCCUCAAAUAGUAUAAGAGGAACAAGCUAAAAAACAUCAUUUUUGUCCAAAUAGCUAUUUAGGUUUGUUUAAGACUUUUUUACCAACUGUACUUAAAUAUCUCAUCUGAAGAUAUUCCAAAUGCUCCUCUCUUAUUUCCGUUAGACAAUGUACUAAGGUAGUAGUUAUAGCUUUAUAAGAUUUUGGAUAAGUUGAUUUUUUCUGAAGAUACGCAUUUAUAAAAUUUAGUCAAUUUGAGAUUUUGUAGUUUCUUAGAUAAACUAGGUAUUAUAGUUGUAGAACAUUGAUACAUUCCCUUGUAUUUGUGAAAAGGCUGUGUAGUUUUUAACCAUAAUAUAUUAAUUUACAGUAUUAUUUAAACUCAUUAUUGUGAUAAAUGUUUUUUUGUAAGAUAUUAGUUUUAUUGUAAACCUAAAGUUGUAAAUCUGAAUACCACUGAUUUAUUCUGAGAUUGUGGCGUUUUGAAGAUUUUGUUUACAAACAAAAUGUGACUUACGCCAAAAAAUCUUGAUUUUACUAGUUACAAAUAGUGUCUGAAAUGUUUACAGUAAAAACGUUUUCUUGGUAAACAAAAUAUUAUUAUGCAACUAGUUAUACAUACAUUAAUAGUGCCAUAUUUAUUUAUAUUAUUAUUGAAUUAUGUCCAAUAUAAUCCACAAUGUUGUUUAGCAUGUAAGUUAUGUACUUAUAUGUUACAUGUAUGUGA